CAAAAUGUCCUUCAAUUGGCUAAUGAUAAUUACGAUAUAUUUGCUGUUGGUGGCGGAUUCAACAUUUAAUUCUUAUCUCAUGUUGCCGACGUUUUGAUUGAAUCAGGAACAAUGAUUAAAUCCUUAUAAAAUGAACUUCAAGUGGUCUACAAUUAUGAUACUUGUGGGAGUUCCUCACUACACUAUACUACAAUGUCAUACCCUUCAAAAUUCACACCAAUUCCCAACAAAGAUGAUUUGAUUCAUGCCUAUAAGGGAAGAUCAAUAAAGGAUUUACCAACUCCGUCGAUUAUUAUCAAUAAGAAUAAGUUUGAGAUUAAUUGUAAUAAGAUGCUUGAGAACGCAGCUAACUUAGGCGCUGACUUUAGAGCUCAUAUCAAAACUCAUAAAAGUAUCGAAGGAACAAUCUUACAGUUAGGUACUGCUAAAUACAAAACCGACAAGAUAGUUGUAUCUACUAUGAUGGAAGCUUGGAAGGUAUUACCCUUAGUAGAAAAAGGAUUAAUAAACGAUAUCCACUUUAGUUUGCCAGUUGUUAAGUCUAGAUUGUCAGAACUUGCCGAUUUCAGUAAAUCGGUACCUCACUUAAGAUUGAUGUUGGAUCAUGCCGAUCAAUUAGAUCUUUUAGCUGAAUUUAGUAGAGUAAAUCCAGGUACUAAGAAAUGGUCAGUAUUUAUUAAAAUUGAUAUGGGAACCCAUAGAGCUGGUUUAGAAAUAGGUUCGAAAGCUUUAGAUCAAACAUUGUAUAAAGCUAUAGUUGACAACUCAAUUACAGAGCAUGUGGAAAUUUAUGGUUUUUAUUGUCAUGCUGGUCAUUCAUACAAUUCUGAUAGUAAAGAAACUGCAAAGCAGUGCCUCAUAAAUGAAAUAGUUCAUGGUAAUAAAGCUGCUUUAAUGGCUAAGAAGUUAAACCCCAAGUUAGACUUUUUCGUUUCUGUUGGUGCUACUCCAACAGCCCACGUAUCUGAAAUAUUAACUUUAGAAGACUUAAAAGAAAAUUUGGAAGGAGAUGAACUUAUUGGAAAAUUAGAAUUGCAUGCUGGUUGUUAUCCUUGUUGUGAUUUACAACAACUUUCAAUUGGAUACAUUCUGCAACCAGAUAUUUCAUUAUAUCUUAUUGCUGAAGUGAUUUCUACUUAUCCUAAUAGAGGUAACUCUUCCCCAGGUGAACAAUUAAUAAACGUAGGAGUUCUUGGGUUAGGAAGAGAAUUUGGACCUGUAAUAGGACACGGAAAGGUUGUAGAACAAAAAGGCUAUGGGGACUGGGUAGUUGGAAGAAUUAGUCAAGAGCAUGGUAUUUUAACUCCCUUAAAUGAUACAAACAAUAAUAAAUUUAUACCCCAUGGCACUCAAGUUAAGAUUAUGCCUCAACAUGCAUGCAUAACUGCAGCUGCUCAUCCAUGGUUUUACAUCGUUAAUGAUGAUGAUAUAGUUAUAGAUAUAUGGAUACCAAUGAGAGGUUGGUAAUUCAUAA